AUGCCAGCGCUUGAUAUUGCGCAACGACAACAUGGAUGGUUGCCAAUAUCCGCAAUGGCUAAGGUUGCCGAGUACCUCGGUGUUCCCGAGAUGCGUGUUUUCGAGGUGGCCACAUUCUAUACGAUGUACAACCGGAGCCCAAUGGGCAAAUAUCACCUUCAACUCUGCACUACCACACCUUGCAUGCUAGGUGGAGUGGGCUCUGAUGUAAUCCUUGAAACAAUCCAAAAAACUUUGGGUAUAAAAGUGGGCGAAACGACUCAGGACAACCUUUUCACUCUCAGCGAAGUCGAAUGUCUUGGUGCCUGUGUGAACGCACCAAUGAUGCAAAUAAACGAUGAUUAUUACGAGGACUUGACUCCGGACGAUGUCGUCAGAAUCCUCAAUGACCUCAAGGCUGGUAAAAAGCCCAAACAUGGUCCUCAAUCCGGCCAGGGUCACCGGUGCGCUUGCGAGCCGAAAGGCGGUUUCACCUCCUUGCGAUCGCCUCCAGUUCCGCCAGGUUUCAAGUUGCAAGAUGCCCUCAAAUGA